UUAAAACCCCGCCCACCACCUUAAUGAGCCACGCCUACAAAAUGGCGGCUGAAUGGCAGUACCCAAAAUUGAGGCGAGAUGAGAGCGUCCGUGAAGAAAGAGCAGGUGGGGUAGUAGUCUCAGACCCUUACCGAUGGCUGGAAGAUCCCGACAGUGAAGAGACGAGGGAAUUUGUGCGUGCCCAGAACGCCAUUACUACCCCUUACCUUAAAGACUCUCCCGUGAGAGACAAAUUCCACGAAAGGAUGUCAGAGUUGCAUAAUUAUCCAAAAUAUUCUUGCCCUUUUAAGCGAGGGAGCAGAUACUUCUAUUACUACAACACUGGACUACAGAAUCAAAAUGUCCUCUAUGUUCAAGAGACAAUAGAUGCUGAUCCUGAGGUAUUCAUUGAUCCUAAUGAUUGGUCCAAGGAUGGUACAAUCUCUCUUGGGCAAUGCUCCUUCUCUGAGGAUGGAGCAUACUGUGCUUACACUGUCAGUGAGAGUGGGUCUGAUUGGACAACAGUACGAGUUAAAGAUGUGGCCAGCAAGGAGUUAUUGAAGGAUGAACUGAAGUGGGUCAAAUUCUCAAGCAUAGCAUGGACUCAUGAUAACAAAGGCUUCUUUUAUCAAAGAUUCCCAGAGCCUGAUACUAAAUCUGCAGGGACUGAAACAUCUCAAGUAUUAAAUCAAAAGCUCUAUUAUCAUCUCCUUGGCAAUGACCAGUCAGAUGAUGUCCUUUGUUACGAGUUUCCUGACCACCCAGACUGGCUAAAUUCGUGUGAGUUAAGCGAUGAAGGACGCUACCUCAUCUUGUAUGUAGUGAGGGGAGCUGAACCAAAGAACAAACUCUAUUACUGCGACUUGGAAACUGUAGGAUAUAAGAUUGAAGGCAUAUUGCCAAUGGUGAAACUGAUUGAUGAUGAUUUUGAGUCUUCAUAUGAUUUCAUUGCUAAUGAUGGUACUGUAUUUACACUAAAGACUGAUUAUCAAGCACCUAAAUAUCAACUGAUCAAUGUUGACAUCAACAAACCUAACAAGUCUGAUUGGCGUGUGUUGGUGCCAGGUGGAGAGGUUGAUGUCCUGGAGUGGGCAGCAGCUGCCAAUGAUAAUAACCUGGUCCUCUGUUUCCUUAGAGAUGUCAAGUCAGUUCUUAUGCUCUAUGAUAUGUAUGGUAAAGUUAUAACUAACUUUCCACUUGACAUGGGAUCAGUGACCGGCUAUUCCGGUAAACGGAAUCAGUCCGAGAUAUUUUAUCGCUUCAUGUCAUUCCUCACUCCUGGAAUGAUAUAUCACUGUGAUCUCAGGAACUAUCCUCUUAAAACUGAGAUAUUUCGUGAGAUUAAAGUGGUUGGCUUUGACAGCUCCAUAUUUGAAACGAAACAGGUUUUCUUUCCAAGCAAAGAUGGCACCAAAAUCCCAAUGUUCAUUGUCCAUAGGGAGGGCAUUGAAUUGGAUGGUUCUCACCCAUUGCUCUUGUAUGGCUAUGGCGGCUUUAAUAUAUCUAUCACUCCUUACUACAGUACAUCUCGUGUUAUCUUCAUGCAGCAUCUUGGAGGAAUAGUGGCCAUUGCUAAUAUAAGAGGAGGAGGUGAAUAUGGUGAGCAGUGGCAUAAAGAAGGAAUAUUUGCUAAGAGACAGAAUGCAUAUGAUGACUUCCAGUCUGCAGCUGAAUAUCUGAUAAGAGAAAAAUACACAUCCAGUGAGAGGUUGGUUAUACAAGGUGGCUCCAAUGGUGGACUACUAGUGUGUUGCUGUGCUAAUCAGAGACCUGAUCUAUUCAAAUGUGUCAUAUCACAAGUUGGUGUUCUUGAUUUAUUAAGAUUUCAUAAAUUCACUAUUGGUCAUGCUUGGGUGACAGACUAUGGCAAUCCUGAUAAUGAUGCUGACUUUCAAUGGCUACACAAGUUGUCUCCAUUACACAAUAUAUCAGUACCAGAAGGCAGUGCCCAGUAUCCUGCCAUGCUCCUCUUGACUGCCGAUCAUGAUGACAGAGUCGUACCUUUGCACUCUUUUAAAUUCAUAGCGCAACUGCAUCAUACAAUGAGUGGCAUUGAGAAACAGACUAAUCCACUGAUGAUAAGAAUAGAAGAGAAGGCAGGACAUGGAGGAGGAAAACCAACUGCUAAAAUAAUUGAUGAGACUGCCGACACUUAUAGUUUCAUAGCUAGAAAUCUUAACAUUUCUUGGAAAGACUAGUCAAUAGGGAAUAGGUUUAAUUUAGCAAAGACUUUGAGUGAGUGGGAGUCUUUAUAGCAUUAGUAUCAAUUAUUAUUAUUAAAGGUGUUGUUAGCUAUCAAUUACUGAGUAUGUCAAAAA